AUGGAUUCUACAUCUUUAUUGCCAACACUUUUAGAUGCAGAUCUGACAGUUUUGCAUAUUGAGUGUCUUCCUAAGGACAUUCUUGUGAAAUUCCAAGGCAAAAAUAAUAGUGAGUGUCAGUUCGACUAUCACAUAUUGCAGAGGGAAAUACAGUAUAUCCCCAAAGUGGCGAAUAACCUGGGCAUUGACGAGUUUUGCCUGGUGGAGGAAAGGACUGGAGAAUGGCAGAGAGGAAGAGUCCUGGGAAAGAAGAAUGAAGUCUAUACAGUGCUGCUCAUUGAUCGUGGAGACGAGUUGACAGUUGAUAGUACUCGAGUAGCCUCUGCUUACAAAAAAAUAUUUGAGCUCCCGCCCAGAGUCAUAUUUGGCAUCUUUGCCAACAUACUCCCAGUUGGAGAGAAAUGGUCUCCCAAAGCUCUGAAUUAUUUCAGGUCACUAGUAGGAAUACAGCUGAAAGGCAAUGUGCAAACUAUUUUACCCCUUCAAAUGAUUCUUCUUGAGGCACCCAAAGUUAUAUCUGGGGUUCUUGAAUUACAAUUAGGAAGAUUUGUUGACCGGGAAACAUUUCGUCUUAUUGUGGAAACUUUAAAGGAAAUCCCUCAGCCAAUGCCAGACUUACUACGACAUAAAAGACCGGUGUUGCAGUCAAGAAGCAAGAGCACUUCACUUGAUAUUCAAUAUGUCUUAGAUAAUUUCCAGCCAUCUUUACCAGUGGGAAGUCUGGACAGCAUCAAAGUGUCAUCUGCACUAAGCCCUAGUAAAUUUUAUUGUCAAUUACUCAAGCAGAUUCCAGAGCUAGAAGACCUCACAGAGCGUAUGAAUUUGCAUUACAACACAGGUGAUCAAGAAACCAGCCCCGCGUGUGAGAAUUUUGGACUCCUCUGUGUUGCUAAAGGGACAAAUGGGCGGUGGCAAAGAGGGAUUCUCCAGCAGGUCUUGCCCGAUAAUCAAGUAAAAAUUUGGUUCAUGGAUUACGGUGGCAGCGAGUCUGUACCCUCCGUCCACGUGAAGAAACUGAAGCAGGAUUUUGUCUUUGCACCGUUGUUCUCUUUUCCGUGCUCCCUGACAUAUUUACACAGCCCAGACCAAGAAGUAAGGAAACAACAGCUGACUGUAUUUAAGCAAGCCCUCUUGGGACAUGUAGUGUCUGCCUGCAUUGACUGGUUCAGUGAGGACGAACGUCUGUAUUAUGUGACUUUACAGCCUCAAGAAUCUGAAGCUCAUUCUAAGUGUCUGCAGAGGACCAGGAGCACACAGAAACACUGUCCUGCAUUCGAGCCAGACAUUUCCAAAGCCUUGGACGAUGCAGGCACUUACGGGACAGACAGCUUCGUGGUUGAUGUUGAGCGGCCAGCGGGUGGACUAAACAAAGUGGAUGACUUAAGAGCAGCUUUUGCUAUUAAAACAGUAAAAAUGGAGAUCGAAUCUACCUACAUAGCGUUUGUAGUGAACGUGUUGAACCCAUCGAAUUUCUGGGUACGCAUUAAUAAAUAUCAGAAUAAAUUUCAAGACUUAAUGAGAACUAUAAAUAAGUUUUAUAACAUACCUGAAAACGAUGAAUUAACUCUGAGACACCCUGGACCUGGACUAUUCUGUUGUGCCAGAUACAGCAAGGAUAGAUGUUUCUACCGAGCCAUCAUCACAGAAGUGGAUGACUAUCAGAUUAAUGUUUACCUCCUGGACUAUGGCAGUACUGACUCCAUAUCGUUUUUUGAUGCCAAAAUAUUGCUUCCAGAAUUUUGUGAGUUGCCUCCCUUGGCCGUGCACUGUUCACUGGCCUAUAUAGCUCCAGUGACAAAAGUGUGGAUAAAGGCAGCGACAGAUUACUUUAAAAAAAUCGUUUUGAACAAAGCAAUCUUGCUCCAAGUUAUAAGGAAAAGAGAUGACAAAUACAUGGUGAAUAUUCAGAAUGUCGAAGCUCCCGAGAAUACUGAUGCUGUCUCUCUGAUGCUACAAGCUGGACAUGCAAAACCUGCAGAGGUACCGUCGUGGGGUUUCCACAAAUCUGUAAGAGACCGUUUAGUGUUAAAGCUAAAUACACUUCAUGAGAAAAGUGUCGUGACCUCUGUCCCUGUCAAAAGACCUGAGCCUGAGAGGUAUCAUUCCAAUAAGCUGAAAGGAAACAUCUCAUCUGUGUGCAGGUUCCUGGAUUUAAAAGUUUCUUUCAACUUGGUUUUUGAACCCAACCCAUCACAAUCUUAUAAGGAAUAUGUGUUCAAACCAGGCAAACUUCUUGAAGUCAACUGUUCCUACUGUCAUGGCCCUGGUGACUUUUCAUGCCAGCUUCAGUGUAAGUUAGAAGACUUAAAGCUGCUGAUGGAACAAAUUCAAGCUUACUAUAGCAUCCACCCAGAGCCGUAUCAGACGGGGAAGGUAGCUUGUGUUGCUAAGCAUUCCAGGGAUGGGAAGUGGUACAGGGCUGCCAUCUUGACUCAGGCAUCGGAACAAGAAGUUGAACUAAUAUUUGUUGACUAUGGCAACCAAGAGCGAGUGUUCAUUAAAGACCUUUGUGCUAUCAACCCGCAUUUUCUUGCUUUAGAAGCCCAGGCUUUCAGAUGCUGUCUCAACUAUUUAGUUGAGCCCAUUACUUAUAAGCUAUUAGACUGGACAGCAGAAGCCUCCAGAGACUUUGGAAAUUUCAUUUCUUCAUGUGGAGGCUUACUUACCUGUAUCGUGUAUGCCUUAGUCCUCAUACACCCUAGAUGCCUAUGUAACUUAGUGGAUUUACAAUCCCCAUUUACCAGUGCAAAUGAAUUUCUCCUUCGCCGUGGCUCCACCCACCACAGCGCAUUCUCAAGGCCACUCCCAUUUUCAAUUAGCCUCUACAGUUACUAUUACUCUUCCUUUGACGUAAAGAUCGGAAGUGAAGAAGACGUGUAUAUAUCUCACGUGUAUAGUCCCAAGAGGUUCUAUUGCCAGCUUUGUAGAAACAGCAAAGACUUAGAGAUGCUGGAGACAAGAAUCACAGAGAUGAUUAACCUCAAAAUGUGUUCAAAAUAUGACUGGAACAGAAUGAGACUGUGCCUCUCUCAGUACAUAGAGGAUGGGCUCUCAUAUAGAGCCUUAGUGAAGCCAACAGCUUCAGCAUCUGACACUUGCGUUUACUUUGUGGACUACGGGAAUGAGCAAUUGGUCAAAGAAAAUAUGCUGUGCGCCAUUUCUGACCAGUUUCCCGAGCUGCUGUUUACUCCUAUGCAAGCAAUUCAGUGUUUUCUGUCAGAUCUGAGAGAUAUUGAUAUUCCAGGAGAAAUCAAUAGAUGGUUUGAAGACAAUUUCUUAGGGAAACCAUUAAAAGCUGUAAUACUGUCUAGGGAAUCGGAUGGGCAGCUUGGUAUAGACUUAUAUGAUGGGUAUCAACAUAUAAAUCAGACAAUAAAAUUGCUACUUAAUGUUUACGGACAAAAGCAUUCUAAACAAGCCUGGUGUGGGGGAAAGAAUCAGAGGUUAAAUCGAGUAUCCGCUGCUUCUUUGAAAGAAAACACAGAAAGCAACCGUUGCCACAAUGCGAUAAAUAAAACUAGCCUAGCAACACAUCCUGCAAACAAAACAGAUCGAUGGAUGCGUCCCCAAAGCAUAUACAGCAGGAGUUUGAAAUCAUCAGUUUGUUGUAAAGUUGAACCCAUGCCAAAAAGCAAAGUGAAGAAGUCCUCGAAGGACAGACUUAAAAAUAUAAAAUUUGCCGCUGGGUCUGAACACAUUCCUGAAGACAGUGACACCGGCCCCAACUCAGAAGAGAGGGUAUCAAAAUUACUUACCAAAGAUUUAAAUCAAUCAGCUCCUCAAAGCCCUCAAGUCCUUAUUAGACCUCCAACCACAGACAUUCCUCAACCCCACAUUGACUUGAGUACCCAGGUGAAGGGGUCUGCACCCACAAUCCAUCAUCCAGCCAAUUUUCAUAUGGCAUCUACCGAGAAUGGAAAUGAAGCCAUAGAACUCACUGAUGUUCUAAAAGAAAAGACAGAUAGCCAGAAAAACCGGAACUGUCUGACCCUUCUGGUGAGAGGUCAUGCAGAAGACGCUAAUGAUCAUGCCACGUCCAGAGGUGUUACUAAGAAUGUGUUGGCUGAGGGGUCCUUUGAAGUGGAAGUUUUUGAUCAUGGUAAUACUGCCAUAGUAAAUGGAUCUAAAGUUUAUUCAAUUAACAGGGAACUCUUAACUAUCCCCCGGCUAGGAAUUGGUUCUCUUCUUCAUAGGGUAAGAUGGGAUGGGCCCGUUGAAAUAUGUAAAAGCAAAAUUGCAAAUUAUUUUGCCUCAGUAAUGAAGGGAACAGUCUUUUGUGAAUUUUGGAAGACACCUGAUCAAAAGUGGGAAGUAAAUAUAACUUGUGGCGAUAAAUGUGUCAUCAAGAAAUUGCUGAGAUGGUCACCAUGUCCUAAACCACAGAAGUUAGCAUUGCAGAUGCCUCAGGCCGUCUCUCACAAAGUUAGUCCCCAUGAAGCCAACAACGAGAGGACAGGAAGGGUAAAUAUGUGUGGAGGGUCCAUGCUCUUUCUCCCAUUCUCCCAACAGCUGGGUGAAAAUCCUUUUGAACUGUUGAGACAUGAACAGCUUGAAGAAAACAAAACAAUUUACAUUUCAGAGACUGGGAAAUUUCAUGUGACAUUACCAGAAAACCAGAAAACAUCUGAUUUAGCAUUAUUAAAAGCACCUAGUGGUGAGAUCAUAAGUAGCCCAAGACGAGGAGUACCUUAUAAAUGUUUUUGGUUCACACAUUCUACCCUUGAGUUCAUUGUGUGUUUAUUUGCUCAUUUGGAAAUGAGCAUCCUUUCUCUGAAAUAUUCAGACUACACUUGGGAAGUGGACGUUUCGGUAAACGGCAUGCUGCCUUUGGGGUAUUUCAAUGUAGCAACAUCUCAGGUAGAAGAACAGAGAAAACAGCGAUCUUCUGGUACUGUUUUUGGUCUGGAGCCCCAGACACUUUGGUCACCAUGUACAAUCCGGCCAUCUGUUUGGCCGCUACUCCAAAAUGGUAAACGAUAUUCCGGCAUUGCCACUGCGGUCUGUGACCCCUCAGACUUCUGUGUGCAGUUAGAGGAUUUCUUUGAUAUAAUGAAGCACCUCUUUACCUUGCUUUCAGACGUACCAGAGCCCUUGCAAGCAUUGCCUUCAGAGCACAUGAUUCCUGGGUCUAGUUGCUUGUUCAAAAGUGAGUUGGAAGAUCGGUGGAGCAGGGCAGAAAUUUCUGAAGUUUCAGAUCAAUCUUUCCAUCUCGUUUUGAGUGACCUUGGACGUUCUGUUCAUGUACCUUAUUCAGAAGCAACGAAUCUUAAAUCUGUACCUCAGAAAAUUAUGAACUUGCCAAGGCUGAUCUACCCAUGUGGCCUCUAUGGUGUCCUGCCUGCUAUGGGGAAACUGUGGACUAAUGAAGUCAGACAGCUUUUCCAAGAUUUCCGAAGCAAACCGGGAUUAGUUGUCCAGUUCAGGGAGAAUGGUCCUGGAGCAGUAUCCGAAGUGGAUGUCAUUCAAGAGAACGACAGUGUAGCAGAUAUGCUAGUGGCAUCUGGUCUAGCCAGGCAUCCUAAGAAUUCAGCUCAUCCUGACGGAAUUACUGCUCCUGGAUGUAUGAAAGCCGGGCAUAAACGGCAGAGCCUUACCAUCUGCUCACUGUUGGACAAACAUUGUUACAAAAAAGAAGAUGUUAAUUAUAGCAGAAACAAACAAAAGCUACAAAGGAGGAAACGUAUGAAGAGGAGAAACGUUGCUAGGCACCUCCUAAAGAAAAACUAUGCCAGUAAAAAAUUACACUCUGGAAAUUUAAAACUGAGAAGACAAGUCCUCAGUGGGAAACUUAACUUCCAAAGUGCGGUUCUGUUGGGGAUAUGUGUAGCAUCUCUGUCUGGCGGAGUACCUGAUCCUUUAGAGAACAGCACAGACUGCGUUGGAAACAUUCGUGAAGACCUAUCAACCGAAGGACUCCAAGAAAAGAGUUACACAAUAGACUCAAAAGCAGCGGGCGCUAACGAAAAAAUUACAGUAGAACGCUUGAAAAGUAAGUCUCUGUAUUUAAAGGAGUUUCUAUUUCUGAUUCUUUGUUUUUAG